UAUCUGGCUUAAUGCCCCAUAGCUCUGCGUGUGUGUUUUGGGACUACAGUUAUAAAGACUGGCGCACUGAAGGUUGCUACAAAAUACUCGCUCCCUCUGGAGGUGUGGAGUGUAAAUGCAACCACACCACCAACUUUGCAGUACUAAUGAGCUAUGAAACAGAUUACCAAUAUUCUGAGGCGCUAAACUGGAUUAGCAUUCUUGGAUGCAGUCUGUCUCUUGUGGGAUUGAUCCUCACUGUAUUUUAUCAAAUUAUAACCAGGAAAACAAGAGGAACCAACUCCACUGUGCUCUUAGUAAACAUUUGCGUGUGCAUGACCGUCUUCUACCUGCUCUUCAUUUUUGGAAUCAACAACCCCGUCCAGAGCACAAGCAACUCAAAGUCAUUGAAGAAUAUUGUUCCUGCUUCAGACUGGUAUCAGGAGGUGGACCAGGGUCCCUGUACGCCAAUCACGGCCCUGAUCCAAUACUUUCUGCUCGCCACGUUUAUCUGGAACAUCAUGUAUGCAGCGCACGUGCUCCUCCUAAUUAGAAAUGCCCUAAACGGUCCACCCCGAGGUUUCCGUGCCUUUGCCAUGACAGUCGGAUGGGGUCUGCCUGCGAUAAUUGUUGUCAUCUCACUAAGCACCACCUACAGCUAUGUAGACCCUUUGGGCUAUCGACAAAAGCAAUUUUGUUGGCUGUCUUCUCUGGAUAAGGAUGGGAAAUUUGAUCCGAAGAGGCCCAUGUUGUGGGGGUUCUUGCUCCCUCUGGCCGGCAUGCUUGGUUUUAACACAGCCGUUUUGGUCUACUUCUGUGUCACCAUCUGCUGUGGAAAUCCAAACCUGAAGAGCUCACGAACGACUCCUAUAAAGAAGAAGAUCCUCAGUAGCUUCUCUCUGGCUGUGGUACUCGGUUUGUCUUGGGUCAUUGGCUACUUUGUGCUCAUCACACAUGAUAAAACACUUUACAUCAUUCUAAGUGCAGUCUUCUGUAUUUGCAACACAACACAGGGCGUUCAGAUUUUCAUUUUUUUCACACUGAAACCUUUUCUGAAGAAGAGAGUUCAUUAUAAAAUGGAUUCUUUAUCAAGGACGGAGGCUUAAAAAGUUUUGGACUUAUAAGCCAGUGACAACAUACAUCCAUAAAACACUUGGUAUUUCCCUUUAUCG